AUGGCUGAUGCUAUCAAUAAAGCAGCGUUGAAGGAGUUUGGAGAAGAAAUUCUUGUCAAGGUAGCGGAACUAAUCAGUGUAGGAGUGGAUCAGAGGAAGAAAGAGAAAGAAGUGGAAGAGGAGAAGCCGCCAAAAGUUUCGUUAAAAGGGAUCCAGAAGAACAUCGAUUUUAAUUUCAAAAUAAAGAAUGUUUUGAGUAAAGCGAUGGCAGCCGAUGAUCUGGAGAAUGGAGUGAAAGAGGUUCUGGAGUUAAUCAAGUCUCGAAACGGAGAAUUGUUGUUGCUGGACUCGGAUCCGAAUUUGCUACAAACGAAAGAGAAGUUGGACGCGGAAAUACUCGGCAAAAUGGAGGCCAAGGUUAUGGAGGCAGAGACGGCAAGAGAAGCAUCCGCUGCUACAAAUGCCAAGGAUAUGGGCACUAUGCCAAUGAUUGUGAACAACGAAGGUAAGUGUUUUCCGGAGAGACUUCCCAAAGCCAUUGAAUUUUGGGAAAGCAUUUGUAAUGUAGAAUGGGUGUUGAGUGUAAUUGAGGAUGGCUAUAAAAUCCAGCUGAAUUCAGAGACAAUUUUACCAGAACCACAAGGCCUCAGGCCGUCGGUAAAACGACAUGAAGAGUUCUUGAUUGUAGAAAUUAAGCGGUUGGAGGGAGAAGGUGUCGUCGUCAGAGUUGAAGAAGAGCCGAGAUGUGUGUCCCCGCUCCACGUUGUGGAACAAGGUAAGAAAAAGCGGAUGAUUUUGGAUUUGAGAGAGCUUAAUGAGAGCCUGGUUCCUCCUCGAUUUAAACUAGAGAAUUUGAAGACAGCCUGGCCUUUUCUAGAAAAUUGCGAAAUUUGCGGCCACUUUCGAUUUCAAAUCAGGCUAUCAUCAUAUAAAAAUUCAUCGCGAUUCAAGAGAUCUUCUCGGUUUUUCGCUGGUUUACCUUUUGGUUUGUCAAUUGCCCCUUGGCUUUUCACAAAAAUUUUUAAAGUCUUAGUUCAAAAAUGGCGUGCGGAGGGUAUAAAAAUCUUUUUAUAUCUUGAUGAUGGAUUAGUUGUGGGUGAGACGGAGAGAGAAGUCGCGAGAGCAGUGAGAAAGGUGAGAGAAGAUCUGCAUAAUGCUGGUGUGUGUGUGGCAGAAGAAAAGUCGUUCUGGGUGCCAGACGCUAAGUUUACGUGGCUUGGUUAUGAAUGCGACCUGGUCGCGAAAGAGGUUCGUGGAACCGAGAAGAGAAUGGCCACGUGGUGGUCUGCUCUUGAUGAGUUGAGGAGGAGCCUGGCUCCAACGGUUCUGGACCGUAUGAAGUUUUUGGGAUGCCUGGCAUCAUUUGAACUUGUUGCAGGUGACAUUGGUGUGGCGAAGGCAAGAUGGAUGAUGCAGGUGGUCGGCGAAAACCAGAAGAAGAAGAACGAAUCGAAGUUGGCAAGGAAGAAGAAGUCUCCAGGUGAGGAAAAAGAGAUUGAGUUCUGGAGAGCGAGAGGCGCAGAACUGUUGAGAAGAAAUUUAUUAGAAGUUGAGUCAAAGCCCGACUUUUUCCUGUAUACCGAUGCCUCUGCGCGUGGUAUUGGAGGCUUGUUAAAGAAUGAGAGGCAGGAUAUUUUGUGGAAAAUGACAGAAAUCGGCGACGGAAACUUUGAAAAACAGUCGAGCGCUUGGAGAGAGUUGACCGCGGUCGAAGUGGCUUCGGCGAGAAUAAGUUCAAACCUGAAAGGGAGAGUUCAGGUGUUAGUCGAUAGUCAGGCAGCUGUGAGCGUGUUGAGAAGAGGCUCCAUGAAGCCAGAGCUGCAUUCUUUAGCUGAGAGAGUGUGGCAUAACUUGGAGAACGUCGGUGAGAGCUCGUUUUUGUGGAUUCCGAGAGAGAAAAAUGUAGAAGCGGACGAAGCGAGUAGAAACUUUGAUUUUGAUGACUGGGGAAUAGCUGAGCGAGUGUUUAGUCAAGCGCAGAGAAUGUGGGGCGAGAUAAAAGUGGACUGGUUCGCAGAUGCGAAUAAUAAGAAGACGGAAUUGUAUUUUUCUAGAUAUCCCGAGUUUGGAACAAGCGGAGUCAACGUCUUCGAGCACGUCGAGAGAGCAGAGCGAAUGGGACUUCCUUGGUUAGUACCUCCACCAGUUUUGAUACCUCAGUUAAUAAAAAUUAUGAGGAGAAGGAGAUUGAGAGGCGUGCUAGUUAUUUCACUCAAUAGGCCCCCGAGACAAGCAGGGAAAGAAUUCCAGACGCACCUGGACAAGCUCAAAGCGGCUCCACUGGAAUCUAAGGCCUCGUCGACGGCUCUGGCUUAUAAAGCAGAGAACAAGAGGAGGAAGGAUUGGAUAAUUGAGAAGAGAGUUCCGUUGAAUGAGUCUUCCUUUUUGUUGUAUUUGGUCGAUCGAGCGAAAGGAAUUGGAAGCAGCGCGCUGUCGAAAAUAUCGGCUGCAUAUCAAGCUGCAAACCAAGGAAUUUCGGUCUACAACGAUACAUCAAGGAUGUGCCGAGAGCCCAAGGAUAACGGAAUUGGAGUCGAGGAGGACGACGAAGAUUUCGAGUAA